AUGGCCACUAUGAAGAAAGCCCAGCCCUUCAAGAAAGCUCUCUACUUCAGUGAAGCUGAGUUUCAAGAGCGACGGAACCGGGCAUUGGAACUCAUGAAACGGGAGAAACUCGAUGGCUUCCUAAUGACCAAGCAGGAGUCGCUGUACUAUUUCACUGGCUUCGACACUUUCGGCUAUGUUUUUUUCCAAGCCAUGUACUUCCACAGCGAUGGCUCUAUGAAGUUGAUUACUCGAAUUCCCGAUUUGCGCCAGGCGCUUUACACCUCGGUUCUGGAGCAGAAGGAUGUCCUUAUUCGAUCUGAUGAUGCUGGAAGUAAUCCUGUUUCAUUGGUUCCAAAGGUCCUGACGGAUUUCGGCAUUGAUUCCCCGUCCAAGCGAAUCGGCUAUGAACCAGACUCUUGUUCGUUGACCCAUCGCCUGGGUAAGGCCCUAGAACAAGCGGUGGAAGGUAUUUGCACUCUGGUAGAUCAUAGCGACCUGUUUACCCGAGAGCUACGAAUUGUCAAAACCGAGGCCGAAAUGCGCAAGGUUCGAAAAGCCGCUUAUCUCGCCGAUUUCGCCCUCGUUCGCACGCUCAAGUUGGCCAAGCCGGGUGCCUAUGAAGGCGAUCUGUGGCGAGAGAUUGUUGGCACCGUCUAUGAAGGUGGUGGUGACGAUCCUGCCAAUGAAAACAUCCUUGUCUCCGGCAACAAAGCCGUUCUGACUCGAUAUUCGACUGGAAAGGACAAGAUCGAUCGCCAGCUUACGCUCGAGCAUGCUGCUUCUUAUAAGCAUUACCACGCCUGUCUGAUGCGAACUAUUCCAAUUGGCGGCAUCACCAAGCUUGCGCGAGAAAUGCAUAGAAUCAAUGUUCUUCAAAUGGAGGCAGCCAUGGAGGCCCUCAAACCAGGUCGAGAGAUCGGCGAUGUCUUCGAAGCUUAUGCUCGAGCUGCAGACGAGAAUGGCUUUCGAGACCAACGUUUCAACAGCUGUGGGUAUAGUCUAGGUGCCACUUUCUCGCCGACCUGGAUGGACUUCCCGAUGUUUGUGCGCGGUCAGAAUGUUGUGGCCAAGCCUGGCAUGAUUUUCUUCAUUCAUAUUAUUCUGAUGGACAAAGCUACCGACACUGCUAGCUCUGUUGGCCAAACAGUCGAGGUUACUCAAGAUGGAUGUGUUCCCUUGUCCAAAUUGCCUUUCUGUCUCACUCGAAGACAGACAAUUGCAGCUUGGAAGAAGCUUCGUAAGGAAGACUACGGAUUCACUGCUGACGAAAUUGACAAUGGCGAGAAUCUUCAAGAUGUCGAAAUGAGCGAUGGAGACGUUGAUGAAGAAGACUACGACGUUGAAUACGAUUUUAGCGACUACACGCCAGCUGCUGCAGUUGGUGAUCCAACCCAAAGCUCGUAA